UGACCGCAAGUCCGCAAGGUACACCCCUCCGAGCGGCUCAUCUCGUCUGAGACUCUCAUCUACGAUUACAGGACGUGGUAGUAAUGGUGGGUCGGAAGCCGAUGCGCCGCCGCCGAAGUGACCGGCAACCGCCGCCGCAAUCCUUCGGCGCCACGGCUCGCCCGAGUUCCCCACGCUCGCUCGCCUCCACUCCUGCCUCCGCUGCCGCGGUCGCCGCCGACCUGGACGAGCUGCUGCUGACGGCGCCCCCGCCGUCCGCGUCGGAGCCCCGGAGCUUCUCGUACGCGGUGAAGCAGCAGUGCUGGGAGAAGGCGGAGCGGGUUCCCGGACGCGACCCGGAGAGGUGGCGCCGCGAUGCGCUCGGCAACAUCGUCUUCCGCAAGCUCGUGGGGUGCCCCGGCUGUCUCUGCCACGACUACGACCACAUCGUCCCCUACUCCAAGGGCGGGAAGAGCACAUUGGAGAAUUGCCAGGUUUUGCAGGCUACGGUGAAUCGAUCUAAAGGCAACAAGACUGAGAUAUCCAAAUCUGAGCUCAUACAGAAGAGUGCAUAUUGUAGGGUUUCAGGACGGGACAUGGAUCUUGUUGAACUCUCUGCCUAUGGAAAUGUCCGGCGAGGGCCAGAUUCAGGGGGCUGCAAAAUCCAAUGAAGUAGAUAUAUCUGAGGAAUCACGUCAAUCAGUUCGAAGUAGUUGCCUGAACCUGAAUGGAAUGUUUGUACUAUGUAGCUUAACACUUCAAGUGAUUUACCCGAGAAAAGAAAUUGUGAUAUAUAAUAUAUUUGAAUCAAUGAUUGUCUGCAUUCAUACUCA